AGGCACUAAAUUGAAGUCCAUCCACAUAUCUCGUCAUGUUGAGAAAAUGUCUCUUGUCAGCGGGACAUAGUCUGAAGGCAAGUUUUCCUUACAGCAGAAUCCUUGGCAGCAGGGGAGCAAAGGGACUCCCUUCCUCCCGAGCGUACGGCUCGCUGCCGAUAGGAGGCUAUGAGAGUGAGUCUGUAAGGCCGAAGCUCUUCAUCCCCGGACCCGUCGAGUUCUCUCCUGAAGUCCUGCAGGCAGCUGGGUCGGGGGCGAGGGCGCAUACAGACACGACCCUCAUCGAGGACUUUGGGAGGUCAAUCGAACUGGUCAGGAAAGUCUUCCUCUCCUCCUCCGCUCAGCCCUUCAUCCUCUCUGGUUCCGGUGUGCUCGGAUGGGAUGUGGUCGCCUGCAACCUCCUGCGGAGGGGCGACAGGGUUCUACAGGUGAACUCAGGGUUCUUCAGCACGAGGUUCGAGGACGCGUACAAGCAGUACGGGAUGGAAGUGACGUCGGUCGCUCCCAAGGUUGUUGGUGCGAGGCCGCUGCAUGAGGAGGUGGAGAAGGAGCUGAAAGGAGCGAAGCAGUCUUCCCGCCCCUACAAGAUCAUCUCCAUUACAGGGGUCGAUACGUCCACGGGCGUGCUUGCCGAUCUCAAGGCCCUCUGCGAACUGACCAGGAGCGUCUCCCCCGACACGCUCAUCGUGGUGGAUGCCGUCUGCUCCGCUGCUGGGGAGGAGCUGCGCAUGGACGAGUGGGGCAUCGACUUCGUCCUGACGGGCUCGCAGAAGGCCAUUGGGGUACCUCCCGGCCUGUGCGUCAUGAUCUGCUCCCAGCAAGCUCUCGAGCGCAUCCCCGACAAGGCAGCGAUCCCCAACUACUUUGCGAACCUCCGCAGCUGGAUGCCCAUCAUGGAGAGCUACGAGAAGAGGAAGCCUUCCUACUUUGCUACCCCGGCCGUGAACCUCGUCGGGGCCCUGAGGGUCGGGCUGGAGCAGCUCCUGGAGACUCCCGGAGGGAUGGACGGGUACUUUGACGCGCACAGGCGGACCAAGGACCGGGUCCAUAAAAAGCUUUCUUCAGCUGGGCUGCAGCUGCUCACGGAGAGCUCUCAGGUGUCUUCGAACCUACUCUCCUGCAUCCGCUACCCCCAGGGGAAGGCGGCGGGCGACAUUCUUCCCCCCAUGAAGGAGCGAGGAUGGAUCAUUGCCGCAGGGCUGCACCCGGCCUGUGCCGGGGAGUACUUCCGAGUCGGGCACAUGGGAUACUCAGUGACGAAGAGGCCGGAGUGGAUUGACAAACUCACCGACGACCUGGUGGAGAUAGCAUGCUCCAAGUGAGGAGGAGGGAAGGAAGGGAUGGGGGAAGGAGGAGGAGACGAGGAGGUGUGGCGGGGCUUGUAAGAUUAUUUUGUGUGCUCGAAAAGAUUUUUACCUUGAAACGAUUAAAACUUUCGGCUUG